UUUCUCUUUCGAUUUCUCCCGCCCUUCGCACUACUUUGCCCGGGAUUUUCCAGCCCGCGGCUUGCAUUCUUCCAACCAGACCGGGGCUCUUCGAGAGACGAGAGAGGCGGAAAAAGACGGGAUUGGCCUUUCGCCUCCGCCAAUCAUCGCCCUAACGACCCAGAAGUUCACCCAGCGGGGAAUGUAACUCAAGAGCUCGGGAAGCGCCCGCGGGGGACACUUUUCCCGGGAGAAGCCAAAGUGGCUGCUGCCUUUCGUCGCCUCUGCGAUUCGCCCACCUUGCUCUUAGGGAUGAGGGGGCUGCUCCGAGGCUCCGUUUCCACCUGCGGGGUGAUCCUGACCGUCGCCAUCCUGUACUGCUGCGCUAACAGAGCAGCUGCUUCAGAUAACAAUCUUUUCACCAUCCGGCAUGAAAAUUCUAAUAAGUGCAUCCAAGUUAAAAGCCAGCACCUAAUAUUAGGAAAUUGUGAGGAGACAGACGAGAGCUUAUGGACCUGGGUCUCUCAACAUCGCCUUUUUAAUUUGGGAUCCCAAAAAUGCCUUGGACUAGAGACUGUAAAGUCUACAAGUACCUUAAAAAUGUUUGCUUGUGACUCGGAGCUCAAUCUGUGGUGGCGCUGUGUUGGUGAUUCCAUCCUCUCCACAUCUCAGAAUAAACUAGCAUUAAAGAAUGGAAUCCUCACCGCAAGCCUAAACUCUUCUGAUGCUUGGAGAAGAAGCAAUUCCAGCGAUACGAUUUGUAAAUUUCCAUAUAGUGAAAGUUAUACCAGGGAUGGGAAUGCCUAUGGAAAACCUUGUGAAUUUCCUUUCCUACAUAAUAAUACAUGGUAUCAUGAUUGCAUUUACAAAUAUCCAGGAGGUAAAUGGUGUUCCAUAACCACUUACUUCAAUCAAGAUGAACAAUGGGGCUUCUGCUUAAAAAGAGAGGAUGGCUGUCAGAAUACAUGGGAACAGUUUAAAGAUUCUGGAAAUUGUUAUCAGUUAAACACACAGGCUGCCCUUUCUUGGAAAGCAGCAUACCUCUCAUGUAAGAAGCAAGGGAGUGAUUUGGUCAGCAUCACAAGUGCAUCGGAGUUAAAUUAUAUCAGAGCUAAAGAUGGUAUUGCAGAAAUAUUUUGGAUUGGAUUAAAUCAGUUGGACGUUUCUGGAGGCUGGCAUUGGUCAGAUCAUAAUCCAUUGAACUUCGUGAGCUGGAAUUCAGAAAUGCAGGAUGUAUCUCCAUUAGAGGGAAAUGAUUGUGCAGCUAUGAAUGCUGACACAGGUGAUUGGAAGAGUUAUCCCUGUGACACUCCACUUCCUUAUGUCUGCAAGAAACAAGUUAAUGACAGUCAACUGGAUUUCCCAGAUAUUCAGAACAAUGUUGAGACUCAGUGUGAAUCUGGCUGGUAUGCGAACAAUGGAUUUUGCUACAUGCUAAAGAACAACAUUGCUUCGUGGAAUGAUUCCUAUCAGUUAUGCAAUGAACUCAAUAGUAGCCUGAUCAGUAUACAUUCCUUAGCAGAUGUUGAAUUAGUCAUUACAAAACUCCAUAAUGAUACAAAAGACAAAAUAUGGAUAGGAUUAAUUAAUAAAGAGAUUCCAGCCUUUUUUAAGUGGUCAGAUGAUUCCAAAGUAAUAUUUACAUACUGGGAUCAGAAUGAGCCAAGGGUUUCCUUCAAAAGCCUUCCGAACUGUGUCUCCUAUUCUGGAAAGUUUGGCCUAUGGAACAUCCUACCUUGUAACAAUAAGCUUAAGUUUGUGUGUAUGAAAAAAGGAAAAGUUUUAGAGGAACGAAAAUCUGAUAAAGCUUGUUCCCCAAGUAAGGAAUGGAAGAAACAUGGAGAUUAUUGCUAUAGGAUUGACAAGAAUGAAGUCUUUUUUGGAAGUGUGUGCAAUCUUACUAUAGCAAACAGAUUUGAACAAGAAUUUAUAAAUAAUUUAAUCACAAUGCAUAAUAAACUUGAAGAAAAAUAUUUCUGGACUGGCUUGCAAGAUAUCAGCUCAUCAGGAGAGUAUAGAUGGGGAAGUGUGGAUAGAAAUAAUGAACUACUAACAUACACAAAUUGGGGUUUCUUUCAACCAGGAUUCCAUGGAGGAUGUGUGGCAAUGUCAAAUGGAAGAUAUCUUGGAAAGUGGGAAGUCAAGGAUUGCCAAACAUUUAAAGCUUAUUCUAUUUGCAAGAAAUACAUUGGACCAAAGAGAGAAACAGAGAUAAUGCCGAAAAUCACUGACCCUUGCCCACAAGGGUGGUCAAGGGGUUCAGGUCUUUCUUGUUACAAGUUUUUUCAUAAGGAAAGAGUGCUGAGAACCAGAACUUGGGAAGAAGCUGAGAGAUUCUGUGAAGCUCUUGGAGGACAUCUUCCUAGUUUCAGCAACUCAGAAGAAAUUAAGGAACUCCAUACAAUACUGAGGGAGAUCAUCAGUGAUGACAGAUGGGUCUGGAUUGGGCUAAAUAAGAGGAAUCCUGAUCUUCUGGAUUCAUGGCAAUGGAGUGACAAUAAGCCGGUCUCUUCUGUUGUUAUGCCUCUGGAAUUUAGAGAAGAUGACUAUGAUCUUCGAGAUUGCGCAGCUGUCAAGACCCUCGGACGAAGACGUCGGCCGCUGUAUCAUAUGUACCUAUUUGAAGAUAGAGAAGAGGAUUUCUACUUAAAACCUUUCCAUUGUGAUGUACAACUUGAAUGGGUAUGCCAGAUCCCUAAAGGUAGUACUCCAAAGAGACCUGAAUGGUACAAACCAGAUGAAGAAGGAAUUCAUGGGCCAACACUGAAUAUUGAUGGGUCAGAAUUCUGGUUCGUGGCCAAUAAGCAUCUGAGCUAUCAAGAAGCUUCCUUGUAUUGUUAUGAGAAUGGAAGUGAUUUGGCUUAUGUGACCUCCUUCACUGCUCUGAAUGGCAUUCUAAACACAAUUUUAAAAUUAUCGGACGAGAAUCAGAACUGGUGGUUCAAAUACAAAAUUCCAGCAAUUCACUAUCGUUUGCCGUCAGAUACCGAAAUGGAUGGAAGACAUUAUCACUGGACAGAUGAAAAACACAUUAGUUUCAGUCGUUGGUCUGAAGAAGGCAAAGAUUUGCUUGGUGACUGUGUGUAUUUGGACACAGAUGGAUUUUGGAAAACAUCUGAAUGUUAUACAGAAAAACCAGGGGCAGUUUGUUACUUACCCGGAAAUGAUACUGAAACCCAAGAAGCAUAUCCUGAAUCAAUUAAAUGCCCACACCAGGUUAAGAAUAUGCCAUGGAUAGCAUAUCAAAACAGUUGUUACACAUUUUUAAUACCACAAAAUAGAUGGAGAGGAUUGAAAGCAGUUGAAGCUAACAAUUUAUGCAUGAAAAUGAAUUCAAACGCAUCUCUUUUGAGUAUCAGGGAUGAAGAUGAAAAUGAUUUUAUUCUUGAACAGUUUCAGUCUUAUAGUGGUCUUGUUCAGUGGAUGUGGUUGGGUUUGAUUUAUGACACUGAUGGUAACCUUCUGAAGUGGUAUGAUGACACAUACGUGUCCUACAACAACUGGAGAAAUGGGCGGCCUAACAUCAAGAGUAACUUCUUUCUUGCUGGUGUUAACAUGGAUGGCUUCUGGGACAUUUACGAUCAUUCGCAUAAUAACUGGUUAUAUUGGCAAUUUGGUUUUCACAGCCUCCUGGUCUGCAAGCUAGACCUGGAGACCAAAAUCAGCCAACCUCCGCUUCCUACAAAGCUGCCCUACAAAAACAAUGUUUACUGGAUUCUUCGGCAACAGCUCAAUUGGUAUGAUGCAUGGAAAGAAUGCAAACAGAAAGGAAGUGAUUUAGCCAGCGUUCACAGUAUUUCCGAACAAGUUUUUUUGGAAGAUAUUGUAAAGCGUGAUGGAUUUCCAUUGUGGAUUGGUUUAUCUAAUCAUAAUGGAAAUGAUUCUGAUUUUGAGUGGUCUGAUGGAAGCCAGUUUGAAUACCAGCCUUGGGAAUAUCAGCAUUCUCAUACUUUUGGAAAUUGUUUUGCUAUGGACACUAAAGGAAUUUGGAAUCGCAGGAAAUGCACCUCUCAAGGCGAUGGUGCUAUCUGCUACUUUUCUUCAAAUAAAGUGCAAUUAAAGCAAACCGAAACAUCAUCAAAGUGUCCAGACUCUCCUAAUGAAGCAUCACAAUGGCUACACUACAAAGAUUAUUGCUAUGCAUUUGAUAUGGCAUUUUAUAAUUAUUCCAUAUAUACUGGAACCACAGCUAGGAAAAUUUGCAAGAAACUUAAUCCUUCUGCAGAUGUUCUGACUAUCAAGGAUGAAGAGGAAAAUACGUUUGUGAGCACACACUUGAAAGAAUAUUAUUUUAUUACUGGAAAAGUAUGGCUUGGAAUACAAUUUAAUGAUAAGUCCUUGAACUGGCUUGAUGGCUCUGAGGUUAAAUAUACAAAUUGGGUCAAUGAAACUGAAAAGGCUAAUGGUCAGUGCAGUGUUAUCUUUUCAACCAAUGGAACAUGGUCCAAAGCAGACUGCAACAAUGAACAAAGCAGAGUUGUUUGCAAAAUUCCUCAAGUCUCUCAUCAUUCAAGAGGGGCAAUAGCAUUUGGUGUUAUAUUUGUUAUCGCCCUUCUUGUUGGAUUAGGAUACGUCCUGUAUAGAAAGAUGCAACUACACUCAAUUGGAUUGGCUUCUGUUCGCUAUGAGAGGGGAAUGUAUGAUGAUGAAACUGACACCAUGUUUUCUAGAAAUGACGACUAAUAACCAUUUUCUGCUUGGCGUACUGAAACCAAUUUUCAAAUCAGCUCCUGAACAUCUUCCAAAGAUGCUAUUGACUUCCAUUCUUGGGGUUUGUUGACACCUUCCCUUUUUUUCAAGUUUGUGGGGGGAGGGGAUCCUUAACCACAUUCAAACUUUGCACUUUUUGUGACCUGAGAUUUGCACGUGACUUGAAGUAUGGUGCAUGGAACGAUUCUGAUAUCCUGUACCAUUUACCCAAAUGAAGUAAGAUAGCAGAGGGCCAGAGAAUUACUUGAAAUAUAACUUAUUGAAAAUAAAGUAUGUUGAUAGCUUAUGGUGUUAAAAAUAUUAUAUUUUCAAAGUUAAAGAUUACUUUGAGUCAAGUUAAACUUUUGGCAACAGAAUGAGGAGACCUGGGAUUUCUCAUCCAAGCAUGAGCAGGUCCAAACUUGCUUACCAUUUCUGAAGUCAACCAAGGUUAGUGAGAUAUUGCCAUCUGCUCUGAUCCUUUUUAUUAUCCUUCAGAUCUUUUGGGGCCAUUCUGAUUUUCAAUAAAAGCUCUCAAAGAUUCCUUCCAUCUUUAAAACAAAUGUAUUAAGAAUUACAGUAUAUUAAACAGAUAAAACUACAGAGAAACAUAUACGUACAUACAUUCAUUAUUAUAUUCCUCUCAAAACAAAAUAGUAAAAAAAGGAAAUUUCUCCUUUCAUACCCAAUAAGCUUAUUCAGAUUGACAAUUUAUUGCUGUCUUUUAAAUUACAACCAGAUAUCUCUUUAUUCCAUACCUCACCCCAUUUUCUAUAAACUCAUUUUUAAAUUUUCAGCUUCCAUUCCCCAACAAAGGUCCAGUAAAAUUAACAAAAAUACCCAAGGACAUAAGUAUAUAAUCCCUCUUUCUAUUUAGCCUAAAUCCCUCUCUUGAGCAUUACAAAGAUAAGAAUAAUAAGAUUGAAAGCUAUUGAACUUUUAUCACAAAUAACAAAUCCUAAUUUAGAUUUCCAAAAAUGGCAAUGUAAAUAUUACAAUAUUUAGUUCGUUUACAAACAAUUAGCAUCACCAAAAAUAGCAACUUGAUAUUUAAUCAUAGACAAAUAAACCAAUUUUGUAUUUUUUUCCUUUUUCCUCCCAGUCAUCUUUGAAUCCGAUAAAUAAAGUUCUAACUCCUGUUUUCCUGUAGUCUCUUUGCCUCUUCUUUUGAAGUUAUUAUAGUCCAUUUGUAUUUUCCAUGAAGUGAUUUGAGCGACUGUUCUGUAUUUCAAUUUAAAAAGACAGUCCAUAUCAUUUUGAAUGUAUUUUUGUAUGAAAGAUUUUUUUAUUUUUUAAAUGAUCAUCCAAAUUCAUUUGUAAAUUCAAUAUUUCCAACUCUCUCCGUCCUUCUCUCUCUCCGCCUCUGAGUUGUAAUUUUCAGAUCCACCUUAAACUCCUUUUCAGCUGUCUUUAAAAGAGUUCAUCUUCGCUAACAUUUUUUCCAGGAAAGAAUUAAAGCAGCUCAAGCAUUUCAGAGCCUAUAGAUUAAAAAAAAACAACCUCAGUUUAAAAUAGCCAUCAUGUACUUGUUUUGCUUUAAAAUGUAAACAAAUCAGAUUUUUCCCCACAUGAGGUCUUUCUACUUAGUUUUGAAAUCUUUCUUUCUUAAAUCAAUUUGAAGCCUUGGCCAUUAAAACUGUUUCAAAAUAACUCUAAAAUCAGUCCUUCAG